AAUCGCGAUAAUGUGGCUCCCUGCUGGGUUGCUACCAACUAUUUACAGGGGGAAAGCUUCGUGCUCUCCAUAUAACGACUACUUUGAACGAUAUUCCUCCCCAGGCUUUGGCAGUAGACCCAGCUUUCCUUCAACGCCGAUUCCUUUCCGUUUGGUCAACAGCCUGUGGGAAGCCCGUUAGCCUCUGAGCUAACUGAGAAGCUAACUCCCCGAGGACAGAAGCAACCAGUUUCACUGAAGCCAGAAACACGAAAAUGUCUUAAAAUCAGAAAAUACUGGACGUUUAUUGGAUCCUGGGAUGUUAAAUGAGUUUCUCAUUUAAGUGGAAAACGAGUUUGAUCGACUGAUCAAAUGCUUUUUCCAACAAAACCUCCAGUCUUUGGCUCGACGGACUAAAUGUCAAGUAAUGAAGGAGGAGCAGUCAGAACCAGAUUCUCAGCCGAUGGCGGCGAUGAGCAGGGAUCCAGAAUCUCAGUCGAUCAAAGAAGAAGUGGAAGAGUUUCACCUUCAUCAGGAUGAAAAGAAGCUUUUAAUCAAGCAGGAGAUAGAAACGGUUUUGGUGACUUCUGCAAAUGAGGACGUCGUCAACAAUGUACCGCAACUGGAGCAGUUGAGGGAGACUGGUAAGCAGGUUAAAGAGGAACCAGAACCGGUGCUGAUUAAGGAGGAACAGGAGGACCAGGAUGAAAAGUGGCUUGUAGUGAAGCAAGAGAUUAAAGAAGAGAGUCAACCUGAACCAAACAAAGCCCAACUUUUCUCUGUAAACCCCCCUUAUGAUGAGAACCAUCAACAAGGAAGCAACCUGAAAACCUUGGAAUCAAAUGGAGAUAAAGAGCCGAAGCUGAGAAAGAAACGGUGUAAAAAGAACCUGCCUUCUUGUGAAACUUGUGGCCAAACAUUCACUCAACUUCGAUACCUGACGGCUCACCUGAGGACUCACAAAGACGGGAAGCCUUUCCAGUGUGCGACCUGCGGAAAAGGUUUCAACAAGCAGAAUAACUUGACCGUCCACAUGAGAAUUCACACGGGAGAGAAACCCUACCCUUGUGAACUGUGUGAUAAAUCCUUCAGAACCACCAGCCAGUGGGCCAGCCACACAAAAAUCCACAUUGCUGGGAAUCCUUUUCGAUGUGAGACCUGUGGGAAAACCUUCACCAAGCAAAACAACCUAACUAAACACGAAAGAGUUCAUACGGGUGAGAAGCCCUAUCCUUGUGAACUGUGUGAUAAAUCCUUCAGAACCACCAGCCAGUGGGCCAGCCACACAAGAACCCACACAGGCGAGAAGCCCUGUUCCUGCUCUACUUGUGGGAAAGGUUUCUCCAGACGCUACGACUUGAACGUCCACAUGAGAACCCACACGGGCGAGAAGCCUUUCUCGUGUCAUAUUUGCGGGGAACGUUUCAUCAGGAAGAUCACCUUCAACUUUCACGUGAGAGCUCACACAAAGGGAAAGCCCUUUGCCUGCGAGGUCUGUGACUCGUCUUUCAACUACAGCUACGAUCUGGCUCGUCACAUGAGGAUUCACACGGGCGAGAAGCCGUUCCCAUGCCUGACCUGUGGGAAAACCUUCAGGGAGCGAGGAAGUCUGAAUGGACACAUCCGAAUUCACACGGGCGAGAAGCCCCAUGUCUGCUUGGACUGUGGGAAAAGUUUUGCUCGAAAGCACAAUUUGACUAUUCACAUGAGAACCCACACAGGCGAGAAGCCAUAUUCCUGCGAUAUAUGUGGAAGGUCUUUCACUGACAACACUAUACUGCUCAAUCAUGUCAGAACUCACUCAGGUGAAAAGUCUUUCUCAUGUCCCUAUUGUGGUAAAAGUUUCACCAAGAAAUACACUUUGACUGUCCACAUGAGGACUCACACAGGUGAGAAGCCGUUUUCCUGCGAGUCGUGUGGGGAAGCCUUCAUUUCCAGAGGCAAACUGACUAAACAUGUGUGUUAAAUGAGCCUUCAGUGGGUUUUCCUUGCAUUAGGAAUGGAUAUCAAGCUUUGUUUACUCAAAAUAGGGUAAAAUAUGAUCUGGAUUUGGAGUAACAGCACCACCUACUGAAAAAAUAAUUUUAUUGUCACUGUUCAUUAUUCAGGAAUUGAUUAGUUGGAGAAAAAAAAAUCAGAUUAUGGAGAAACAUCUGAUUUUUCUCCAGACUUUUUCUUGUCUUCUGUUUUCUAAAAAGCAAAAAUGUUAUUAAUGCUUAAUAAAUGUAUUUAUAUUUGUUUAAAAUUAAUAGUAAUUAUCAUUUUGGAAUGACUGAGUGCACUUGUACAAAGCAACAGUAAAAAAAUACCUUUUUUGGACUUCAGUCAAAUUCAAAUCCAGGUUAAAUUGACAAUAAAUUAAAGUAUUUUUUCUCAUUUUUAUGAACAAAAUAAAGGUACCAAAAUUCACAUGCUGCAUUUUAGAGUUUGUGGCUGAUAUGAGAGGUUACAUGUCUGCAGCUGAAGGUUCAGUUAUAUUCAAGUAGAAUACAGGCUCAUCUGUCAGAAUGAAAACAUGAAUAUAACCUUCAAGCAGAUAUUAAACAUAUUUUCAUUAAGCCCACAUUUAUGUCUUUAAAUGUAUUUUUCUUGUUCUGAUCUAAUUUAAAUGUCAAGUUUUUUUUAUUUAAAAUUUAAGUUUAAUGUUAAGUGAAAAAUUCUAACAGAAAUAAAGGCUUUCAAGUGUUUGAAUAUUUAAUCUACAGUGUUUGACAUGAAUGAAUGAAUGUAUUUUUCUUUAAUAUUCUGAUUUAUUAAACUCGACUGUAUUUUCUUUAUUCAACAGCUCGGAAUGUAAUAAAUUUAAUCUGUAUAAAAAGAACUUUAAUUGUCAGUUCCUUUGGAGUCCAUGCUGCUCUGAAACAUUUAUUUUCUCCCACUGUUUGGUUUAAUUACUCCAAAUGAAACCGUAAAACCCUUUUCUUUAAAAACUUCGUUAGUAGGUAACUUCUGAUAAAUCAUCAGUUAGGAAAAUGUUUAAGUAAAUGUAUUAUUUUGAAGACGGACAUGUUUUCAAUCAUUAAACAUACUUUAUCUUUUUUCUGUUUUAUUACAAAACAGCAUAAGUGUAACUGACAUUAAAUAUCAUCUGUUAAUCCUUUCAUUGGUGAAUAAUACAAAUCAUCUCACCUUGAAUGUGUGAUUGGCUUGUUUCUGUUGCAUCUGUAAUCAAUUAUGAGACUAACUGAAAUAUUUUAUACACUAAUAU